AAUUUGAUAAAACUAUACGACAAAAUAAUUCAUUAUAGUGAAAUAAAAUACAAAGUUUAAGAAAUGUCACUCAAACCUAAAGUAGUAGACUUUGGUCAAACAUGGAAUAUUUUACAAGAGACUGUUAAAGGUGUAAUAACAUUAGCUGAUGUUCCAAGAGCAACAUGGAAUGAUAGAUUUAGUGAUGUUUAUUCACUAUGUGUUGCAUAUCCUGAGCCAUUAGCAGAUCGAUUAUACAGUGAAACAGAAAAUUUUUUAGAUAAUCAUGUUACUCAAUUGUUAGAUAAAGUUAAAUUACAAGGGGAAAAUGGCUUAUUACAGGCUUAUCAUCGAGCUUGGACGGAAUAUUCUCAAGGAAUCAAUUAUCUCCAUCAAUUAUAUUUAUAUUUGAAUCAACAACAUAUAAAAAAACAAAAACUUACUGAAGCCGAAAUUAUUUAUGGAACUUCAUCCGCAGCUUCACCUGAAUAUCAAGAACAAAAAGAAAUUGGUGAACUGGGAUUAUAUAUAUGGAAAAAUAAAAUGAUAGAAUCAUUAAAAAAUUCUCUUGUCUCAUUACUUCUUGAAGGAAUACAUGCAGAUCGAUUAGGUGAAGCACAACGAGCUACAACAGAUGUUAUUUGUGGAGUGAUUGAAAGUUUUGUGAGAGUUGAAGAAUAUAAAACAAAAGGUCAAUUACAUUUAUAUCAAGAAAUUUUUGAAAGUUCUUUUUUAAAACAAAGUGGAGAAUUUUAUUCAAGAGAAGCUUCAGAAUUGUUACAACAAUCAGAUGUAACUCGUUAUAUGGAAAGAGUUACCUGGCGUCUUAGUCAAGAAGAAUUACGGGGGCAUAAAUUUCUUCAUAUCACAUCAGUGCCUAAGGUAAGACAGUGUUGUGAGGAAAAAAUGGUUGCAGCUCAUGUAGCUUGGUUACAUACAGAAGUAGAUGCAAUGAUAGAAAAUGAACGAAGGAAAGAUCUUUCACUUAUCUAUCCAUUACUAAGACCACUUCCAUCAGGAUUGGUACAUCUUGUACAAAAAUUUACACAGCAUAUUACAAAUGAAGGUCUACAGGCAAUUGGUUCCUUACAAGGAGAAAAUGUUCAUACACAGUUCGUUGAAAGUAUGUUAGCUGUACAUUCUAAAUAUUCAGAAUUAAUUAAAGACCUAUUCAAAGGAGAUCAGGCAUUUAUCGGCGCCCUUGAUAAAGCAUGUUCAGCCGUUGCAAAUCAUAAGUCUACACCACGCCAAUCAGCACGUGCACCAGAAUUGUUAGCUAAGUAUUGUGAUUCAUUGCUAAAAAAAUCAGCGAAGCUUGCAUCCGAAAGUGAAAUAGAAGAAAAAUUAACACGUUCGAUAACUGUUUUCAAAUACGUAGAUGACAAAGAUAUUUUUCAAAAGUUCUAUGCUCGAAUGUUAGCUAAACGAUUAAUUCAUCAACAAUCUCAAUCCAUGGAUGCAGAAGAGGCUAUGAUUGAUCGAUUAAAACAAGCAUGUGGUUAUGAAUUUACAAAUAAAUUACAUAGGAUGUUUACAGAUAUGUCUGUAUCAUCAGAUUUAAAUACAAAAUUUACAGCUAGUUUACGAGAGAGAGAAGGUGAAAAUCAUCAAUUUGGUAUUGGCUUUGUAGUAUAUGUAUUACAAGCUGGUGCCUGGCCACUAGGACUCCCACCGUCCCCUGGACCAUUUCACGUACCCCAACAACUUGAAAAGUCAGUGCAAACGUUUGAAUCCUUUUAUCAUGCACAAUUUAGUGGAAGAAAACUCACCUGGUUACAUCAUUUAUGCCAAGGAGAACUCAAAUUAAAUUAUCUAAAGAAACCAUAUUUAGUGACUGUACAAACAUAUCAAAUGGCUUUAUUACUAUUAUUUGAACAUUGUGAUUCAAUUUCAUGUAAAGAAGCAGCUGCAUCUCUAAGAUUAUCUUAUGAUCAACUGGUGAAACAUGCUAUUAGUCUUGUUGAUUGUAAAAUUCUCAAAAAAUCGAGUAAAGGAAAUUUAGAAGAGGACUCUAUUCUUACACUUAAUUUUGACUAUUAUAAUAAGAGAACAAAGUUUCGUAUAACUGGAGCGCUUCAUCGCGAUGCACCACAUGAUACAGAAGCCACUCAUCGUAGCGUUGAUGAUGAUCGUAAAUUAUAUUUGCAAGCUGCAAUUGUUCGUAUAAUGAAAAGUCGCAAAAUUUUGAGACACAAUCAACUUGUACAAGAGGUGCUUGGACAAUCGAAAGUUACAUUUGCACCUUCUAUAGGAAUGAUCAAGAAAUGUAUCGAAAAUCUUAUCGAUAAACAGUACAUUGAACGUACAUCAAAUAGUGCUGAUGAAUAUUCGUACGUUGCGUAAUUUUAACACAACUAUUCUUAUUAAUUUAUUUUAACUUGUGAUGCUCUCUGCUACGACAUUAAUGGCAGCUAUAAAGGUACCAAAUGUAACAGUAAAAACUUUACAUAUCAAGUAAGGUUUUUGCAAGAUUUUUCUUUAUUAAAUUGUACAUUUUUUUAGAUAACAGUAUACCGAGGAUUUAGCCUUAUUUAAUUUUUAUCAUCAUUAUCGUCAUAGUUAUCAU